GGAUCACGUGGUGGAAUUUUCACAAUCACAAGUCUCUCAUAACACCUAGCAAAGAAGAAAACGGUGGCUUGGCUUGUUCUUUUCUUCUACAUAUUUUCCAGUUUUAUUUCUCAUCUCAAAUUAAUAUUAUUUAAAGAUUUUCCAAAAAAACAUAAAAGUUUAUCUGUCUCAAAUCUAGGUCUAGGAGAGGAGAAGCAAAUUUCCCCAAAAACCCAAUUAAAGAAUCCCAGGUUAUUAUUAUUAUUACCAUUAUGGCAUUGACGCUCUGGUUCAACAAAAAGAUCGCGGAUCCCCUUAUCCAGAUCCUCCGCAAGGGAGCAGAACCCAAGCAGUUGGCCUUCUCUUCAGCCUUGGGAAUUACUUUGGGAAUUUUCCCUAUAUGCGGGGUUACGGUGUUGCUUUGUGGGAUGGCAAUAGCGUUGCUUGGAUCUCACUGCCAUCCUCCAACUGUAAUGCUUGUUAAUUUCUUGGCUACUCCGAUCGAGUUGAGCUUGGUGGUGCCCUUCCUUCGCUUUGGGGAAGCGUUAUCUGGUGGACCUCAUUUUCCCUUAACUUCUGAUGCCUUGAAGAAAGUUUUGACUGGCCAAGCUUCGAGUGAACUCCUCUUUAGUAUUGCCCAUGCUUUGUUGGGAUGGCUUGUUGCGGCACCCUUUGUUUUGGUCACACUCUACAUUCUAUUUUUGCCAAUUUUCAAGGUUGUCGUCCCCAAGUUUAGGAGUGUUCCUUUGAGCCCAAGGAAACAUCUUCUUUCACCUUCAGAAGUUGGGCUUAAGGUGAGGCAGGUUUGAUCGUUGUAAUCUUGUAUAUUUCUUUCAUGGAAUGCUUUGACUGGAAACUGCAAUUAUACAUGUUUCUCACCUACUGGCAUUUGUUGUAUAUAAGUCAUAUCUGGACGCUUAAUUCAUCAAUACAGAAUGUGGUUUAUGAGCCUUA